UUACCAGAUGAAAUAGUAUCUGCAAAGACACUCACCAGUUUCAAAAACCAAAUUGAUAAAUUUUAGAGCAUCUUAUACAUCUAGUAUAUUUAUCAACUGUUUGUUAUCUCACAUGAGGUAACAUGUACAAAAUUUGCCAGAAUAUCACCAGAUAAUGCCCCAGAAUUAUAAUCCUUUUUUUGUGAAGAAAACAGCAGUAAUGUACCCAGAAGAAGACGAUAGGAUGUAGGCUUAAAAGGAUCCAUGAUCCUUCCAUAUGAGCCUAGCCAGGAUUCAACAGUAUUCUAUGUUAUAGAUGGUCAUUCUGAAGAACUGGUCAGCUCUGGAAAGUAAUGGGGGACAAGCGUGGUGAUUGUAGGUUUAAAGGCCACUUCCAACAGUCAACAAAAAAUAGUUAAUUCCCAAUUACCAAGUGAUAAAAUUGCUGUGCCAAAUAAAAUGAAGAAAGAUCUUGUACUGAUGAACCCUUCUGCUAUGCAGUUGUGUGGAUUUCAUAUUGGAGGGUUAUGUGUUGUGAACAAGACAAGUAUCAGAACUUGCUGGCCCUGCGGUAGAGUUGGUCUUGCAUCAGUAGCUGUCUCUGAUAAUGUGCAAGGUGUUCAACAAGGACAGCUUUUAACAGUAGAGCCAUUUAUAGAUCCCUUGCAACAUGCUGUUGAAGUUUAUUUGACUUCUGGUGAAUGCAGCCCAUUUUUCAAAGAUGACAAUUUCCUGCAUUAUAUGUCAAGAUCUAAUGAAAACAAAUACAUAUGUGAAGGAUGUAAAACAAAUAUCAUGUACUAUGGACAAAAGUUUGAGUUCCUGGUGACAAAAAUAUUAGGGCUGUCACUACCCACACAGAAUUUUCAGGUUUCCAGUCCCAAGGUAGUAGAUAAAUCUGACAGUUUGUUGGACAGUAUAGCAGAUCUGAGUAUAUGUGAUUCAAGCCAAACUCACUCAAAAAGUCUUCUAGAUGACUCAAGCUGUGAACAGUGUGAUUCUCGCAGUAGUGAAGAUAUUACAUCAACGCCUUGUUUUAGUAAAAAAUAUCUAAGUGUGUCUGAAAACAGUGAAGGGAGUUUAAAACAGUGUUCUGAAACAGACAUAUCAUUAGAGAAAUUGACGACACCUGUCAGAGAUAAAAAUAGUUCUGCUGACAUUAUAUCCAGUCCAAAAACACCAGUCAGUGAAAGGUCAUUUAGUGCACGAGAUAAUUUCUGCACACCAAAAGUUGAAAAGAUAGUUGAUCAAUGUAUUUCACAAAAUUUUUAUAAAGUGACUUCAAAAACUAAAAUUGUCAUACCAGAUGUCAGUAAUGCUGCAAAAGAUGGGUCGGUGGAAGUGAAAAAGCAAAGGAUUGGGUACAGUGAUAUUGGAGGAAUGAGCAAACAGAUUGAAAUGUUGAAAGAAAUGGUGCAUACACCAAUAGAGCAGCCGGAACUGUUUAAAUCUUUUGGGCUGCCCCCACCCAGUGGUGUAUUGUUGUUUGGUCCCAGUGGUUGUGGGAAGUCCAUGCUUGUUAAAGCUGUAGUGUCAGAAAUCAACAUCAGUGUUGUGAACGUUUCUGGUUCAGAAAUAUGGAGCAAGUUUUAUGGAGAGACAGAGACAAAACUGAAAAAUAUUUUUGAUGAUGCAAGAUGUCGUGCUCCCAGUGUUAUUGUGAUAGAUGAUGUGGAGACAUUAUGUCCUCGGAGAGACAGCAGUCACAGUGAGGUGGAGAAAAGAGUGGUGGCCUGCCUGCUUACACAGAUGGAUGGAAUAAAUAAUGUUGAAAGUGAAAAGUUUGUGGUGGUGUUAGGUACAACAAGCAAACCAGAUCAGAUUGACCCCGCUUUGAGACGACCAGGAAGAUUUGAUAGAGAAAUAGAGAUUGGAGUUCCUUCUGUAUUAGAUAGGAGAGAUAUAUUACAGUGUAUGUUAAGGAAAUUGAGUCAUGCACUGUCUACCAUAGAGAUUCAGGAAGUUGCAGAUGCUGCACAUGGUUAUGUUGGGGCAGAUUUAGCUGCUCUUUGCAAGGAAGCAAGUUUACAUUGUAUGAAGCAUCAGGACCAUGCUUCGGAGAGAGUUAGUUUGACACUGGGUGAUUUUAAACAUGCUAUGACAAUGGUACAGCCUAGUGCUAUGAGGGAAGUGCAGCUUGAAGUCCCUAAGGUGUUAUGGAGUGAUAUUGGAGGACAGGAACAUAUAAAACUCAAGCUAAAGCAAGCUGUUGAAUGGCCAUUAAAGCAUCCUGAGGCUUUUACAAGGAUGGGUAUAUCCCCACCCCGGGGCAUACUGAUGUAUGGACCCCCAGGAUGUUCCAAGACUAUGAUAGCCAAAGCUUUAGCCACCGAAAGUGGUCUUAACUUUUUAGCAGUAAAGGGUCCUGAGUUGUUCAGCAAGUGGGUAGGAGAGUCAGAACGAGCUGUUAGAGAAGUGUUCAGAAAGGCAAGGGCAGCAUCCCCAGCGAUCAUCUUCUUUGAUGAAAUUGAUGCUUUAGCGAUAGAAAGAGGCAGUUCGUCAGGAAGUAGUAAUGUUGCAGAUCGUGUUUUGGCCCAGCUUCUUACAGAGAUAGAUGGUGUAGAAACAUUGAAAGAUGUUACAAUUGUUGCUGCCACAAACAGACCAGAUAUGAUAGACAAGGCGUUGUUGAGGCCAGGUCGUUUUGAUCGUGUGUUGUAUGUUCCAUUACCGGAUCUACCCACUAGAGCUGAGAUAUUCAGGAUCAACCUAAGUAAAAUGCCUGUUGACACAGAUUGUACAGCAUCUUGGCUGGCGGAUUGUACUUCAGGGUACUCUGGAGCUGAGAUCUCCUCAGUGUGUCAUGAAGCCGCCUUGUUUGCUCUUCAAGAAGAUAUAACAAGUCAGGUUGUGAAGAAAUCGCACUUCAACCAGGCUUUGCAAGUAGUGACACCACGCAUAAAUGACUCUCUCAUCAAAUUCUAUGACGAAUAUCAACAGAAAAGUGGCCUACAUACUAUAUGAGACCCAGAUCUAGUACAAUAAAACAAAAAUGGAAAAUAAAUUUAUACCAUA